AUGUCAAAUCUUAAGCAUCAAUUCAAAAUUCAAAGCAUAACCGGAGACAACUUCAUAACGUGGAACAACAAUCUAAUUGAGUACCUUACAUGUGAGGGCCUUAACAAAAUACUUGAAGGAGACAAUACUGGAAAAUCAACAGACGACCCAGAUGAGAUGGAAAAGAGAAAAUCAAAAGUUAAUAGAAUAAUCAAGCACCAUCUUGAUGAUGGACUGCAAACAGAAUAUUCAAAUGCUAAAGAUCCCAAGAUUUUGUGGGACAAAAUUAAAGCAAGAUUUGGACAUCAGAAAAAAGUCUUGUUACCCUCAUUAAUGGAUCAGUGGAACAAGUUAAGAUUCCAAGACUACAAAAGUAUCAUUGCAUAUAAUUCUGCUAUGCACCAGAUUAUAGCACAACUGGAAUUUUGUGGCACAAUUAUAACUGAAAAGGAAAAGUUAGAAAAAACUUUUUCAACUUUUCAUGCAUCCCAAGUAUUGUUGCAACAACAAUACAGAAUGAGGGAAUUUACUGAAUAUUCUGAUUUAGUUGCAGCCCUUCUAGUGGCAGAGCAAAACAACGAACUUCUUAUAAAAAACCACCAGUCACGACCCACAGGAACAAUAACAUAUCCUGAAAUUAAUGUCACAACAUUUAAUCGUGGACGUGGUGGUUUUAAUCGUCUCAAGAAACGUGGUGGUCAUGCUCGUUUUGAUGGUAAUAAUGGUCGUACUCGUUUUGAUGGUCAUAGUCGAGGAGGAUAUCAUGGCCGAAUUUUUUUUCACGGUCGAAACCAUUUUCGUGGUAGAGGACGUGGACGAGGUCAUAUUAAUAAUUAUAGAUCUCCCAGAUAUGACCAGAAUAAUUGGAAUCAUCAAGGAAAGGGAAAGUAUAUCCAAGAAGGUCCAUCGAGAAACUAUGAGGAUGUAUGUUUCAGAUGCGGAAAGAAAGGUCAUUGGUCUAAGGUGUGUAGAACACCAGAUCAUUUGUGCAAAAGACAAAUGGCAUCUGUGGAAGAAAAAGGAAAAGAAGUUAAUUUUAAUGAGAUUGAACCCAGCAAUGAUAAUACAUGUUUUGAAACUGCUGACUUCGUUGAAGGAUCAAUGGAUUAA